AUGUCACAAUCGAAGCCUAGAUCUCCAACGACCGUUUUGAGGAUCAAAACAUUUCUCUCCUGGUCCUGUGUUUGCUUUCCUGUAAGUUACACCUGCGUACAUAACAAACACCUUAGCUAAUUUAAAGAGAGUGAAAUGCACUCUACUCUGAAAGUAUCUUCAAAAAUGUUUAGUAAUAACGCCCUUCAUUUACCAAGGGUAUGGGAAAUAAAUAGUCUCGGAAGAUUACAAAAGCGACAUACAAACUGCAAACUGCAACUUUUGACAUCAUUGACAGUCGCCGGCGAAUUCGGUGCAAAAUUUAAACCAGACUUUAUUUCACUUGAAACGGCGAUAGCGUAGCGUACAUUUGACUUUAUACUCGUGGUGCCAACAAAAAAGGAAUAUAAAAAUCGCUGCACAGCAAGUGAACGAGACCAACUGACGAGCAAUAAGGAAAUAUUCAUAGAUGAAAAGCACAACAAAUGACGGCCGAAUCUUGAAAGCCCGCCGAUGCAAUAUGGCGGACGAACUAGCUUUCUAGAAGUUAAUUAUCUAUCUUACAUGAGAUCUUUAAGAAACAUUUUCCAGCUUGAAGCUCCUAAUUUCUCUCUUGACAGCCUUGUCAGUGCUCUACAGUUGCUGUCAGUGCCUUAUAGGUCCGCUUAUCGAGAAAUCAUUUAAUGUGGCUUCAACAGGCCGACGGAGAUUUUCGAUGUCACCUGCUCUGAAUAUGCUAGGACGACCUUGCACGAGUGAAAUGAUUAGAUAGGGUGUUACGAAGGUGCCUCGCGUCGAGACGCUUACCUCUUUAACGUUUUGUUUGAGUGUUUUUUAACUUUUGAUUUUUGACGAGACAUAUCAAUCUUUGCAAUAAUUUUACAAAAAUUGGGAUGUAACGGUCAUUAGACGGAGUAUGCCUUUUUCUCAUUGCAGCAAGAUGAGCAGAAUGCGAUCCUACCAACCUUGGCAAGGGUCUGCUUGGUAAUUGCGAGAAAAGGGAGAGGAUGCGUCACUGUUCCGAUGCAUUUGUACCACUUAUUUUGCACUUUUUUACUGUGGCAACUGUCCUUGGUUCGCUCCUAUGCAAAGUCCAUGGUCAACAUUUCUGUUGAUGACUUUUUGUUCACUUGUUUAAACAGAAUGUGUCGAUUUUAGAUUCUGUUUACUUCGACUUUUGAUAUCUUCCGUUGAAAGAGGAGGAAGUAGAUUAUGCCAGAAAGCGAAAAAUUUAUUGGCAGCUGCAUUUUCCCUUCAUCUUAACUUACGAGGAUAGUGUCGGUAAACGUGUCGUUUACCUUAAAUAAUGCUACGUCUUCGGUCGGGGACUACUUUUCGAAGCUUUUCGCGCAAUGUCAUCUCAAAAGUAAUAAAAAUUAGCUAAGUAGCCAUGGUUAAUUAUGCGGAGAAACCCGUUGGCGACGCGUGUCAUUGAUUAUAACGAAAGCAGCACCACUCUGAGAAAAGAAAGACUAGCCAGACUGGGCAAAAGAGCAUAUGGUUUCAUCGGCGAUCAAUCCCAUUUCGCCUAAAACACUGAGGAGUAUAAGACAUGUUGCAGUAUCUAGUCACACUGUGCCAGCUGUAGGACUUUUCAGUUAUUUACAAACUCAAAAAUUUGAGGUACGCUGAGUACUUACGUAUGAACUCAUGGGACCUAACAGUUCCUGGCUGUUAUGCAAUGUGCUCAUCAGAUUAUUGAGCCAAAUGGCGUGCCGGGCGCUGAGGCAAAUCCAACCAAGUUGAAAGGGCCUCGUCAUAAUAACGAAUAAUAGACAUAUUCCAAAGCGACCCUUUCAAAAGAACGUUGCUAAGGGGAGUUGCGGGCAGCGUGCAUAAAAGAAACAACUUUAUAAGGAUGUACUGAAAACCGCCUCAAGUGCCUCCAACGCAAAAAAAAGACCCGGGAACAAACUCGCACAUCACCGAAGGCAUGCCAAACAGCUUUAAAGCCUGGAUCAGAUGUGUACAAGGCUAAAUGAAUGUGAGAGAACCACAAAAGUUAAGAGCAGGGAAUACUGGGCGGCCGUGUACCGACGUCGGGGACGCACAAACUCUGCCAGAAUGUUUUUUGAUGCAGAUGCCCGCCUAAUUCUCACGUUUGGACAACUCUGGAGUCUGCACAGUGUCAGCAUAAUCAUGCUCCACUCCGAAUAACUAAAUAACAUAAUUGUAGAAGAAUUCUGUUCACCUGCCCUAACUUUAAAAUUUCUUUUCCAUCUUGUUUUCCCAUGAGCUGGCAAGUUUGUAGUCGUGAAACCUGAGCACGCGAAGCAAUUAUCAUCAGCGUAAACCAAAACCAGAUACCUCGCAUGGUGAUUGUGCAUUGCAGUCGUGCACCGCCCUGUCCUGAUGCCUGCGAACCUAUUGCAGUGCGACUUAAGAACCAGAACAAGGAACUCCGGCUAACAACAAUCAUGCCAACCUUCUCCCGCCCAAACUGUACCCAAACAAACAUUCGAAAUGUGUGUACAGAUCAAAAUCAGCCAUUACUCGUGCAGCAACCUACCACACCGACGGAUGAAUGAUUCGUGUGAGCGAUGGGCGAAAACUUAACUGCUGGCCGGCUACAGCACCUACCCAGCAUGGAACAGAGGCAGGAUAAUCAAGUCUACACUAAUGUACCAUUCCUCAUGUCAAUUCAUCGCACCUCGAAUAUGCUAGGAUGACACAGGUGAACUUACACUAUGAACUGAAAGACGUUGGUACAAUCAUUACUAGCUGGGCAGAGAUCUCGGCACAUCUCCAGAGAGAGAGAGAGGGAGAGGAGCAAAUUAAAAUGGCUUUCCAAGGCGAUCGUUUUGGUGCUCUCAUAGAUAAGGCAUUAUAAGUACAGUAAUUUAGCUUAGGAAACCAAAGACAACAGUAUUUUUGCUCCAUAGCUUCCGGAGGUGUUAAACAGCCAGUUGGGUUUAUUUUCCCUCCAAGUGGCCUUAAUCAAAGGCAGUUGCGAAGUGAUGUUAUCACAGAAGCUUAGGCCAUAAUGAGACCAGAGACACUACGACCUUCAGACUCGGUCCCGAAUAGAAAGAGGAGUUAGAUGCCAAUUGUGAAAAUAGUCUAUUCUGUACAGAACUAUCGCAGAAGAGGUUGGGGAGGGGCGGUAGCCGUACGGGGUUGGCCCCGCUCCGGGACUGCGGCAUCCCGAGUGUUAGCGGAGCAUGCGCCACACUGUCUUAAACAGGAGCACGUGUAAGUCGGUCUUGAAACUAACUGGCUACUAGGAAAACUCAGCAGACGAAAAUCCGCAUGCCAUUGGUGCGUAUCUGUGAGCACUCGCGAGAGGAACAGCUUUGAAACAGAUACCCGAAGAAGAGUCGCUACAGCACCAGAAUCGACGACGAAGUGGCCCAUCGGAUCUACAAAACCAGACAAGCCUUCGGACGGCUGCAGAACCCCGUGUAGAAUCUUCACGGCGUCCAACUGAAUACCAAACUGAAGAUGUACAAAGCCGUCGUCCCGACGACACUUAUCUACGCUGCGGAGAACUGGACCACCUACUCCAACCAUGCCAAGAAACUCAACCACUUCUAUCUCAGCUGCCUUCGUAGAAUAAUAAACUCUUCCAUUAUAUUGUCACCGGUGCUCGUCAACCAAGAGGACCAAAACGACGCUACGAGGACACAUUGAAGAAUUCUCUUAAGCAAUUGCAUAUCAGUCCAGAGAAAUGGGAGGACCUCGUUCAGAAGAGACGGGUCUGGAGAAGGGAAGUGAAGAACGGCGCUGCCAUCUACGAGUCAAAUCGGACUGCCGCCGCCAAACUUGAACGGGAGGCUCGCAAGUCACAAGUGCCCCGCCCCCUCAAUGUCAAACAUCCGUCGCUCCCAACAUGCCCACGCUGUCAACGCGCAUUCGCCCGCAAACUGGCAUCAUAG